AUGGAAGAUUACACCAGAACAGAAGUGACCACGUACACAAAUGGCGUCGACAACAACAGACUUUCAGAUGUUGAAGACGCCGUAGUUACAGCAUUUGACUCCCUGGAUAAAAUUCAAAAUGGCGACAGUGACAAUGAACAAAUUGUUGCCGUGACUAAAACAAUAACAAGUUAUUCACACGAUACACGUGACAUUUCCGCUACACCGUCUGAACAUACGGAAGAACACACACAGAGAAUUCAUUCAAACGAUGUCGACUUGACCAAUGAGGCUGAUUGGAGGAUUUCAAAAGUUGUAGAUCUUAACCACGGUAGUUAUUUGGGAGACUUUGAAAACGAUUCACAUCAAAGUGACUAUUCAGAUAGUGAAACACCGGAAGUCGAUUCGCACCCUGGCCACGUUGACGACUCGACCGUCAGCGACUUCUUUACAACAUCACCAGAACCCGAGGAUUCGGAGCACAGAUUAAGUAUGCGAUCCGAUACAGAAGAAGUGAUAAGACCCUACGGUGGAGGGUUGGCUGUGGCCCCGAACCCUUCCAGACUCGAGAUUGCUCAGGAAUCGGACACUAGUUUCCAUAACGAUGACAACGAAUCGAACGCGGAUGAUGGUGGAUAUACCCCACCACCACCUGUACAUAGUGCUAUUACUGAUAGUGACGUUUUGAUUACUAGUGAAAUGCGUAAUCCCGAUGACGGCAUGGACGUUUCUGGUGAUGUUGACAACGAGUUUGAUGUAGGCCUACCUGAAGUGCCAUUGGAGGCUGAAGCUGAUUCUAAAGAACAUGAAGAGAGUGGACAAGGCGGUAUGCUGGACACUGUAAAAGGCAAAGUGGUAGAGGUCAGAGAUCGAGGUUUAGAAUAUGGCGGUGAUGCUGUGAAUGAUAAACUCAAUAAUAUUAGUGAUGAUGGACUUAUCGGAAAGGCAAAGAGCCAAAUAGUGGAGCACAAUGUGCCGGAUGUGGCAAAAGAGAAAAUAACGGAGGCUAGCGAUUCUGUGAUAAAUGACGAUAACAUGAUAGAUUCGAUGAAGGAUAAAAUAGAAUCGACAGGCGUAUUGGGGUCGUUUGGGUUUAAUAACGAAACGUCCAAUAAAGAUGAUCCUCCCACUAAUGAAAAGGCCGUUGACGUUCAGGACGUUAUGUCUGCAGAGAAAGUGACCAAUGUGGAAUCAGAGCCACCAACUUUAGAAAUCGACACAGUAAAUGCUUUGGGUGAUGACAUGGAUUAUCAGUUACAGGAAGUAGAUAUUAGCCAAUCAAAUGAGGAUGAUUUUGGAAAAGUAUUCGCAGAUCAUCGUCAGUCAAUGAGAGAAGGAAAUACAUCGCCAUUAUUCCAUCAAGAUGCUUCGAGAUUCCAUUCCACAGGAACGUUAAGUACAAGCGAUUCUAAGAAAGUUUUAAAAGAAGAAAAAGCUAAAAAUGGAUCUAACUACACAGUCAAUGCUAUGCCUACUGACGAGGAACGACCUCAGAAAGGAUGUGCCAGUAUUUUAAAAGGCUUCUUUUGUCCAAAACGCGGAAGUUGGCAACCAGAUAGUUAUUUUUAAACGGUUACUUUCAUAUCAAUGACAUCAUAUAAGUGCCAGAUACAGUUUGAAUUGAGAGAUUUUAAACGUGAUAUAGCUGGAUGUCUAAAUCAUUCGGUUGAAAUGAUAAACGCUGAUCUGGUGUUGUGUCUUCUGAAGCCAAGGUCUCAAAAAAUCUGAUAAGAAACAGAAUAUUUUUCAUUUCUGCUACAUUGACAUUCCUUGGAUCUUAAAUUACAAAUUAUGACCGCAAUCGAUUACUAUAAUCAAUGCAUCUGAAAGAUGAAACAACAUGCCUCUAUUGUUUAUGCCUCCAUUGUGACAAACUAACUAAAAUAGCCUGAGUGUUUCUAUACGAGAGGAAAAAAGAAACAAACCGCAUAUUGACAUAUAAAACAUAACCUUUAAGGAAAGUGCUUUUUAACCUUUUGAUAAAACUCGCGACUUUUAUUUGACUAUUACUGUAACAAAUUGUAUAAAAUGUCACAACUUUUACACCUAUUCACCUUUCCAUUGGUUUUUUUUAGACAAUCUUGAAAUACGUCAAAUUUUAUCUAUACAUAAAUACUUUAUUACAAACAUGGAAAAGUAAUUCUUUAUAUUUGGUUUUCAUGCAUAUUCCUUCAAAUAUUUCGUGAACAGGUAAUUCCAUUUCUGUUUCUCCAAGGCACAAGGUAGAUUCUGUAUCAAAUUUAACAUACACCUAAGUAUUUCCUAACUUAUUUCAAGGCAGUGAUCCAGGUCGGCUGUUCAUUUGGUGAUUGUUCUCCCAAAUAAUUACUGUUGACGAUUGACGAAGAAUCGUUUUAAUCACUGGUGAAAAGUGAAUAAUGAUACCUAAUUGUCCAAUGUCCAUGAACAUUAUCUCAUCGGAUGUGAAUCGAAAACUACAACUGCAAUCUGAGAGCUACAGAUGAGAACACAUCUAGUAGAUUGAGUAUUUCUUGAAUAAGAUCAGUGUACUAUAUUUAUUGUGUAUAUUAGUAUUGUAUAUUAAAUUAGUAAUUAUAUAUUCAUAGAAACCUCAAUCUCACAAGUAGUAUUAAUGAUUUAGCACUUGCUCUCGGUUUUUAAUAUGAUUCCAUACAACAUUCUUUGUUUUAAUAGCGGGCUCCUCUCUGAAAAAUCAAGGAAUUAUGAAGUCAUUAAAUUUUGUAAAACUUGAAUAACUUUAUUUUAUGGGUGAGUAAGUUUACAGUGCACACAAUAAUCCAUGACUUCCAACCGAAAAUAAAUUCUACCAGUGGUACCAAAUUACAGACUUGGUACACUGAAGGCUCCUAAUUCCUCUGAUAUAUAAACACUAUGUAAUUAAUAUUUGAUAAUUCUAAUGUACAUUCUGUUAAGAUUUUAUAGUAUUUAAAUCCGUUUUAUAUAAAUACAUUGAUUUUAACACGUCUUUUGUGUAACAAGUAGAAAACCGACUUGUAUUUGAUCAGUAUCAAAACAGAAAACAGUUGACAUGGUAGACACUUUCAUAUUUCAGCCAGGGUCGGGGUGCUACAGUUGAUCAAAAUCAUG